GCGGGUGACGGUUUCAAGAGGACUCGCCGGAAGUUGCACCAGGCCUGAGCCGGCCUUGAACGCGCUGCGAACGUCGCUUGGAAAGCGCAGCGGGCGGUUUUUCGAGGGAGGAUUGACCCGGCGUGGCUUUCGCGGGCUAAAUGCGUGGAGACCCAAGAAGGAUAUAUGGAAAGAAAUCCUUAGGACUUGAAAAUGUUACAAGUGACAUGGUAAUUUAGCCAGUGCCUGAGAAAUGAUGGAUUCCCAGAAGAUUGGAAAUGGUUUGCAAGUGACUGAUAUAGGGACAUCUGCACUCCACAUGGUGGGGUAUUUGGGAAAAAAUUGUAGUUCUGCUGAAGAAACUCCAGAUGGAUGCUGCCCAGCCUGUAAAAGGAUUGGUUUGAUGCGACACAUAAGAAAAUACCACAUCAAUUUUGAAGAAUCUAUUUUUCUGUGUGAAAAUCCACAGUGCAUUUACCCUCUAGGGUCUGCACCACUAAGCACUAUUAUAAUUCCCAGUGAUGCAAAAGGUUAUUCAUCUCAGGGCACUUGUGGGAAAAGAAAGUUAUUUGGCACAAACCUAUUGACCUCUUCUAUUGAACCAUGCUUAAAAUUGAUUAGGACUGAUGACUUGAUGGACACUGAGGAGACAUUAAGAUCUGAUCUUAUUCCCAACUGCAAUGGAAAUAAUCUAAUUAGAACUCGGUCAGGGCAGUCUGAUUUUUCAGAAGCCAAGCAGCCAACUUUUUCUGAUGAAGCUGAAUCCAUCAACCAGAAAAUGGGCUUGGGAGCUCAAGAACACUCACCAGAAGUCCUCAGUGUGCAAACACAGCUAUUGUCAGCCCCUGAGAUGGCUCCGUCAGUGUCUCAGGAUCUACAACAAAGCAAAUCAUCUCUGCAAGAGCCUUUGUCGCUUCAGUGGAGAAAUGCACAUGCUCUCUGCUGGUUAGAUUGCAUUCUGUCAAUACUGGUACAUUUGGAAACAUUAAGAAUUCUGACCGGACUCUCCCAAAACAUGUCGGUAAUCCAGAGUCUGGUCACAAAAUAUAACGAAGCUGCUGCACUUGUGAACACUUGCCAAAGGGAUGAACUUGCUUCAGAAGUUCCUUUGGAUGUUUUGUCAAGAGCUGAAUCCCAUUUAAAUGAAAUUAGGAAUACCAUAUUUCUCCAACUUCAGCCAUUGCUUGGGUGUAAAUUUGGGGAGGAAGAAAGUCCAGUUUUUGCUUUUCCAUUACUUCUGCGGAAAGAUCCUCAUAUAGAGAAUCUCUUUCUCCAUUCUUUCUCCUGGAAGUUUGAAUGUUUGCAGUGCGGCUACCAUAUCAACAAUAGCUGUCAGCAGGCAAUGACAACGUUUACAAAUAUAAUCCCAGAGUGGCACCCACUGAAUGCUGUUCAUAUUGCUCCCUGUAAUAAGUGUAAUCACACAUCUCAAAGAAGAAAAAUGGUUUUAGAAAAGAUCUCCUCACUUCUGAUGGUGCACUUUGUUGAAGGCUUGCCACAUAACAAUUUGAUGGCCUACUCAUUUCAGUUUCAAGAAUAUUCAUAUCAAGUAACAGCUGUGAUUCAAUAUCAGAAGGCAAAGCACUUCAUAACCUGGAUCUUGACUUCAGAUGGAAUAUGGCUUGAGUGUGAUGACUUAAAAGGUUCAUUCUCCAGAAGACACCAUAACUUUGGGGUUCCUUCUGCAGAAAUACAUAUUGUCAUUUGGGAAAGAAAGCCGCCACAAAUGACCAACCAUCUGGAUUUACAAGUUGAUGAAACAAUGGCAGCACAAUCAAAAACUCCAGUUAAACACUCCAAUGAUGAAACUGCAGAGAGUGUACCUUUAACUUGUCACGAGGCAGUUGACAUGCUGAACACACAUAUAGAGGAAAUAGAAAAUUUAGCAAGCAGUCAGAAAAAUAAUUUGCUUCAUGGCUUGGACAACCUAUCUGAUGAUGAUGUUGUAACGUUGAAUCUUGACUCAGGUGAACAGCUGUUAGAAAAUAGACAUAUAGAAAAUAAGCAGAUAAUCGCAACAAGUCCAUUGCAGUUGCAAGAGAUGGAUCAGAAAGAUACGUGCCCACUUACCCCUGAAGGAGAUACUCAAAAGAGAAGUGUAGUGUUAGGAAAUACCAGUGCUCCCAUGCAUGAAGGACAGCCAUCUAAUGCAAGUAACCUAGUUACUUUAAGUAAUGGCAAAAUAAAUUUCUCAUCCGAAAUACUAUUACCACAAGGGGCAGAAACUGCAGUUACCUUAGUUCCAGUAGAAGAGAGCAGCAAUUACCAUCCAAAGAAUCCUCAGAAAAAUACCAGCAAAACAAAAUUGGGAAACACUGCCUUGGGAAUGUCUAAUAUAGAGUUCGGUCAAGAAAUAAAAAUAAAUUCCCACAUUUCUGUUCCAUCUCCCCAAAGUCCUACCUUUCACGCAUCCAGUACAAAUGGAAUUAAGCCAUCUGUAGCCAGUUGGGUAAAUGGCUUACUUGGAAAAUAUUCUUCCUUUAUGCCUAAAAGUGUGGUGGUUCCAAACAAAUCAAAAAACUGUAAAAAAUCAACGCAAAAAGAAACAAAUUCUGGUUCGCUUGUUAGGCAAGCAGGCCACUUUGAUGGUUUCCAAACUAAAUCUUCACAGAAAAGUAAAGUGGCAACAUUGCAUUCUUCAGGUAGAACUCUUCCAACAUCACCUCUGACUGCUUUUUCUCUUGCAAACAUCCGUGUCAAAAAUCUUGUCCCGGACAGAAAAGGUGAAGCUGUAAGUAAAAGAUCAGCUUCAUUGGAUGCUUUUACUAAGCAAGAUUUGUUGAAAAAUGCCCACCAUGAAAAUCAGAAUUUUAUACCUGUUGAAAAUACUGGGUCAUUUAUUGAUAAAACUCAUCAACUACGCUUAACACUUUUACAUCAGCUUAAGGCUAAAAAAGAGAAAUUAGCUUCACUCGAUAAACUGGUAAAAGCUAAGACAAGACACAAAAACUAUUGCAAGAAAACUAUCAAGGACCAGGCACGAAAACAGAUGGGACCCUUGCAGACAGGCUUGUUAUAUACCCAAGAAAUGCAGGCUGAUGUUUGGGAUACUAAAUCUGUUAAUUCUCAAAGCACUGACAUGUCCCAAUGCAGCAGUUCAAAUUACGAUGACAUUUUAUCUGAGCUGCUUUUGUCUCCAGCUACAACUGUUGGUUCUUUAGAAUUUCCACAGGAAGAGGAAUGUAGAUACCUGGAAAUGGGAGGUGACAAUUCAGACCUGCCGAUAUCUACUGACCAAAAUACCAGCUUACAGGCCAUAGAUAAUGACCUUAAUUACUUCAGUCCUCGAAAGGAAAAUGGACUUGAAGACCACAGAGACCCAUCAGCAAUCAAAUCACCUCUGAAGAAAUUUGAUUUUGAAAGUUCUGUAAAACAGGAUCUUCUGGAUGAUCUGUUUUCAUGUUCAUUGAAUUCAAUAGUAACUAACACUGAAGACUUACAUCACUUUGAUGAAUCGUUGUUAGUUUGGUGAAUUGUGUUUUAACAAUUUCAGUAUUUUUCUUUGGUUGUCUUUAAAGAGUAUAAUUUAAAAUUCAACCUAAUUUGCACUUGACUUUAUUUAAAAUGAUUGUUUUUUAUAUUUUUAUUCUUAAUAAAUUGGGUUUGUUUUUCUGCCUCAAAACCACUAUUCACUGGAAGAGGUAAGACUGAUUCUUGUACAAAGUCACAGUGAUAAACGUUUGACACUUUAAAAGCCAUUGUAAUAAAGUAGUAUUCACCUAAAAUCUCUCAUCUAUGGCUGAGCUAAAAAAUACUCUGCAAGCAUCUCUAAAAAUCUACCAUGUUAAUCAUGGUAUGGUAAUUUCAUUUCUGACAAAUCUCCCUUUUCAAAAGUAGGCCUGCAGGCUAAACUAAAAAAUUUAAAGAAGCCAUUUUUUAAAAAAUCAUUUCCUGUUCCAGUGAAAUGCCUAUCUAAAAUUUCGGUCUAUUUAACAGUGUGAAUGAACGUUAACAUAUAAUCUGUCCUGCCUGUUGUUGUUUUGCUAAACAUUAGGCCAUAAUGCAGAUGAAUUAGGUUAAGAUUUAACUCAGAGAUUUCUGCUAAAACCCAGGGAUCUGUGAACCCUAUAAAUCCCCAAUCCUGUGAAAUGUGGUUUUGAAGUAUUAAAGCAACUUCUAAAGUUACAA